CAUUCUCUAGGUGGACCUACAAAGCCGACUUAAUGUUUUAUGCGCUCCCAGGGUAUCGCCUUCACAAGCUUCGUUUUCGACUUACGAACACUUAUUAGAUAUCCGGUUGGAUUGGGGACUGCGCCUCCUUGGCAUUCGGUUACCACCUGAAUCCGCUCUAGUCGCCUGGUCUCUAGGCGGAUCGGGAGAUCCAACACUACGAUCUGUCUCAAGGUCAAUUACAUUUACUGAACACCCAUUUUGAUACCAAUUUCGAUAAUUUUCGCCUUACCAUGGCCAACAGGCCUAAUUUCAUCGACCUCAGGGCCGAUUCGUCGGCCUCGGUCAACAGCAGUGUCUCUCGUCCUCUAAGGUCACCGCGAUUACAUGUCGCUGGGGAGGUUCCUCCCGCCUUAUCCCCCCUUGAUGCCUUCGCUGCUCAGAGCCGCUUGCUUGCCAAGCAGCUCGAGGACAGCGCCAAAACCGGGAGACGAAUGAGCCGUCUACCCCCGUUGACAACAGAAAGCCCGUUAAUUGUUCAAGGUCGUUCCGAAUACUUUCGCUCUAUGUCCUACGACUCGUCUGAGGAACGACCUGAGACCCCCCAGCAAAAUACCGGGCUUGGUUUGACUACAGAGGUGGAAUCGCCAUCAGAGCGGCCUGUUUCGAUGCACCCUCGAAUGAGUCGCAUACCUCCCACGCCCGACCAAUCGAUCCCAGUGCCUCCAAACCCAUUUCUCGAAAACGCGCGCGGUCGACACCUUGAAAAGCUUCAGGAGGAUGAAGGGAUGUAUGGUGCGCGCCGAGAAGAAUCACCUGGUGACUUAGAAAGUAUAGCGGAUAAGGCAACGGACCAUAAACCAGCAGAGCAUGAUUUCGAACCCAGAGAGCUUUCGCCCACCAGCACCCGCUUUCCACCAUCCCCAGAGAAGCUCACCAAAACGACCUCGCAUGAAUCUGCCGGUUUAGUUCCACCAAGGACUAUCUUCCCCAAGCGCUCUUCAAGUAUAAUGUCUGCACCUUUGGAUGCCAAUAAUGACGAUACCUUGAGUGCUUCUUUCUACUCGCAGCCAUCCCGAAAGCUUUCAUCAGGCAGUAGUUUCUCGGGGCCGGGUCUUGCGUCGCCAAUUGCCCACUACCAAAGGUCUCCUUCGAUUAGUUCCGAAGCUUCUGCGCCUUUGCCACGUCCUGCUUUCAACUUUUCUCGACCGCUCAGCCGGACUGGCACGCCAGGCCUAGAUCCACCAACUCGACAAGCUUCAUCGGACAGCCAACCAUCCUUCGUACUUGCCGAUGAGACUGCACACACCCCAGUCAGCAUGCACAGCGACACCUUCUUGGACAGUCAUUUCACGGAGGACGGAAAAGGUGCUCCUUCAUAUAUCUAUUCCAAGUACGCACUACCGAGAGGUAAGUCAUUACAGCGCAACUCGGUUAUUUUCCGCGACAAUGAGCCGCAAAGGAGUGGUCAAGCGCCACCGUCGCCUCCUACUAGGCCUUCGAGUUCCUCGUCGAGAACGCAAGAAGGCCAACACGCAGCCGAUUCUCUCCUAGGACGUCCAUCCAUCGAACGAAGUAAACUUUCCAACGAAAUGUCUCUAGAAGGGAGACAGCCGUCGCCCGACCCAAGUCGCCCCUCAACUGACACGAGUAGACCAUCUGAGGAUGCGCCUAGAGGGCGCACUCUUACAUCUCCACUCCAUGACCAAGGCCGAGGGCGAACGCCAAUGUCGGUAUCCACAAGUGACUCGGCUAGCACCAUCAGGCCACCGAGGUCACAGCAUUCUCAUGCGCCUACAACCUCUGAAAUGAGUGCGGAAGAGCAUUUGGCAAAGGGCAUUAAGUGUCACGAGGAGGGCUCUGUAAAAGAAUCUACCUAUCACCUGCGAUUUGCUGCGCGUGCCGGCGACCCAACUGGUAUGCUGCUGUACGCGUUAGCUUGUAGACACGGAUGGGGUAUGCGAGCGAACCAACGAGAGGGUGUCGAGUGGCUGCGGAAGGCUGCCGAUGUUGUGAGCGCCGAAAUUGCAGAAGAUGAAGAUCACGCCAAGGAGGGUAAAACAGUAGAUUUUAUGGAUCAUAAAACCCGCAAGGCCCAAUUUGCCCUAAGCAUCUACGAGUUGGGUGUCAGCCAUAUGAAUGGUUGGGGAAUCGAGCAGGAUAAAGCGCUCGCUUUGCGGUGCUUCGAGAUUGCCGGCAGUUGGGGUGAUGUUGAUGCUCUUGCCGAGGCUGGCUUCUGUUAUGCUAAAGGCGUAGGCUGCAAGAAAGACCUUAAGAAAAGCGCCAAGUUUUACCGUAUGGCCGAGGCGAAGGGCAUGAGUAUGCCAGGAAAUAGCUGGAUACACAAGGCGAAAUAUAGCGAUGAUGUUGGCAGCCCGAAAUCGAAGCGCGGCCGAAGCAAGUCAAAAAGUCGGGCGAUUUUCGGUAAAAAGACGUAAGGAGAAGAAAGCCAAACCGGAGGCGGGCUACACGGUCAUGAUUCGAGUCGUUUUAACUUGCUCGGCGUUCGGUGGCAGCAUCUAUCCAACAAGAGCAGCAAAGUACCAUUUCAAUAGCGUGAUGAUUAGGGGCCAGGUUGUGUCUCUUGUUUACAAACUGCCAUUUUACGCAUAAUACCCCCGAUUAUGAGCCAGUAUCGAAGAGGAGUACUGCCUCGUGUCGGAGUAGUUUGGCGCUAGGGUACAAAGUGCGGAAGGACCGUGUCAAUAUCUAAGCUACCGUAUAUAUGAAGAGCACUCUAAAAAGGAGCAAGCUCUUAAGAAUACCCAUGUGCGUUGUAUAUAACGGCAUCCUCUGCACAAAUAAGUUAGGGAGGCGUUGAGGAGCAGAUCGUGGAUGGCAAGAAAGCCAGAUCUAU